AUGAGUUCCAAAUCAGCUGCUGCCAUUUUACAACGACAAUUUAAAGAUUUAACAGAUGCAAAAAAAGGUAUCCCAUCUUUCCAUAUAGAAUUAGAUGAUGAUAAUAUUUUUUUAUGGAAUAUUGGAGUUAUGGUAUUAAAUCCAGAUUCUUUAUAUCAUGGAGGUUAUUUUAAAGGUCAAAUGAGAUUUCCACAAGAUUUUCCUUUUUCUCCUCCAAGUUUUAGAUUUACUCCUUCAAUUUAUCAUCCAAAUGUUUAUAGAGAUGGUAGAUUAUGUAUUUCAAUUUUACAUCAAGGUGGAGAUCCAACUAAUGAUGAACCAGAAAGUGAAACUUGGUCUCCUGCUCAAACUGUUGAAAGUGUUUUAAUUUCAAUUAUUUCUUUAUUAGACGAUCCAAAUGGUAAUUCUCCAGCAAAUAUUGAUGCAUCUGUUGAAUUUAGAAAAAAUUUUGAUGAAUAUAAAAAGAAAGUUCUUAAAGAAGUUGAAAGAAGUAAAAAAGAUAUUCCUGAAGAUUUUAUAAUGCCUGAUUCUUCAUUAAAUGCUUAUUCGAAUUCAAAUUCAAAUUUAAAUAAUAGAUUAGAUGAACCUGUUGAUGAAGAUUUUUGGUAUGAAAGCGAAGAAGAAGAAAGUUUUGAUGAAGAAAGUUUAAUGGAUGAUAUUGAUGAUCAUGAUGAAGAAGAUGAUGAAGAAGAAGAGGAAGAUGAUGAAGAUAUGGGUGGAAAAUAA